AUAAACCCUUUUUUUUUCAAACUUGUUACACCAAAGUUUCAUCAAAAAUUUCAUUUAUAAUCAUGGAAACUACAGUUCUUUCUUCAAUAAUAAGAAACCCUCUCAACUCAACAUUUUCUCCCUUCCUCAAAACUUCGAAACCCAAAUCGCGAACAAGAAACAACAACAAUAAUAAUAAUAUUACAAUUGUUUCAUCUCUUCAUAGGAGUAACUCAUACGGAUCUCAAUAUGAAGGUCGUUUAGUAGAUGAAAAUAUGAUUGUUCUUAGAAAAAGAAUCCACGAGAUGAAGAUGGUGGAGAGAAAUUACGAGCCUCCAAACGAGUGGAUGGGGUGGGAGAAACAAAUGUAUGCUCAAUAUGACGAGUAUAUUUGCAAGGUUUUAGGUGUGGUGCAAACUCAAUUGAUGAACGCUCGUCCUAGUGUUGCCCUUGGUGCAUUGGCUUUGCUUACGUUGAGCGUCCCGACUUCGGUUGUUUUGCUUGUUUUACACUUUGCUCAGGCUGCUGAUACCAUCAUCAAGUUAUAGUAAUUUUUAAUUUAAUUAAUUGGAUCUUCAAAAUGUACAUAUUUUAUUUAUUUUAGCCUUAGAUUUGUUGUUGAAUUGAAUAGGUUGUUUUUUAAGUUAUUCAUUAAUUUAUUUAUUGUAUUGACUAUACUUUUUUUUUUUUC